AUGUCAAAAGAAGAGCUAGAGCACCCCAUUUAUUUAAUCAACUUUGAGGAGUAUCUGAGACCCAAGCAACCUCACAAGUCAACGGCGCUACAAUGUUUUGAUAAGCCUAUAAAACCCGAAAGCCAGUUUUUCAAGAUUUACAAACGUCUCAAGUUCGUGCGAUGGUUGCGAGAGACUCGCUCAAAAUUGUCGAAAAAACUAGAGCAAGUUCCGUUGCCCAGGUUCCUGAAUUUUCUGCGAGAGCGUAAUGAUGAUGGACUAUGCAAGCCCAAGACUGGCUUCGAGAUAUAUUGCGAAAUGUCCAGCAUACAUGGAUUCCAUUUAUUUGUGGGAGCGAAGACGUGGCAGCGUGUGCUCUGGUGGAUCUUCAUCUGCAUUGCCGUGGUACUCUCGCUGCUCGUGUUGAUCAUGUCGUAUGGCAGGAGUGCAGAGACGCCAACGAUACGCUACAUAGAGAGCAUAAUGCAACCAAGUGGUGAACGUUCAAUUCCCUUUCCAGCUCUUACUAUUUGCGACUCGAAUCGUAUCUCUAAGCGGAGUCUCUUGAGCAAGGCUAGGAAGUGGGAUGUGACAAGCAAUUCGUUGCAGCAAUUACCGUGGUUACCUAAACGCAAUUUAGGUCAAGUUAGCGAGUCAAUGAUCAAUACUUUGAGCUGGUUAAACUUUACUUGGUCGGAGGUUUUGGAGCAACUGUCGCCACAACUCUGUGAAACUCAACUAUUGACUUGCUUGUGGCAGGGUGAGACGCAAAGCUGCAAAGAUCUGUUUGCCACCACGUGGAGCUACAGUGAAGGACGUUGUUGCAGCUUUAUGGGACAGCCAAAGUGCUCGCUUACGUCGGGCCAAUCAGCGAAAGGAUUAACUAUACGUCUGGCCACAAAACUCGAAGAUUACGGCAGCUCUUCGGCUGUCACAGCUGGUUUCCAUUUCUUCAUACACGAGGCAGGCACCACAGUUGAUGCAACCACGCAACGCGUCUUUUUACCAAAAGCAACAGAGUCUCAUUUAAUGCUUAAACCUUAUGAAACGCAUGCAUCUUCUUAUAUAGCCAGUCUACCAAUCGAACAACGACUUUGUUAUUUGCCCAAUGAACGAAAGAUGUUUCAAUUUUCCAUCUACAAUCAGGAGAAUUGUGUAGCCGAAUGUAGAAGUGCGAGAAUCUUUGAGAAGUGCGGUUGUGUUCCUCCCCAUAUGCCCAGCAGGUGGUAUUGGUCCCAAUGUCCAGUUGGGCAGUACAAGUGCGUCCAAGAUCAAGAUCUCAGCUGGGAUGAACUUCAGUCGCAUUGCAACUGCUUACCUCCGUGCCAGUUUUAUCGUUAUGACGUACACAGCGAUGUGACCAACUUGGAUGCCAGCCAAUCUAUGACUAAUGUCAAUAAUGAUGGCUUCUUUCAGAACUUUAAUGCCUCCGAUGAGCUGGUUGUGCACAUUUACUUUGACUCGUUGAGCGCAGAGCAAUUGCGCUUGGAUGUCUAUGAGAACUGGUUGACCUUCAUAGGCACCUUCGGCGGCAUCACGGGGUUGUUUAUGGGCUGCAGUUUCGUGUCCGUCUUCGAGCUGGUGUUCUUCGUUUGUGUGCGACCCACUUGCAACUGGCUGCUCCGACAGAGAGUACGUUAUAGACUGCGGCGUCGUCGUCGUCAAAUCGAACAGGCGGCCAAUGGUAAUUAG